GCCCCAGCCGCAGCAACGCCCCCCUGCCCGCAGCAGCGGUGGAACAGUCCGUGUUGCCUAGGUGAGUUGACACUGCUUAGUGGGAUUGGCCAUAUCAGCGGAGCCUAUUGUUUUCAGGAGCUUUGGCUGGAGGCUCUGAUUCUUCUAUCUGGAUGUCAGACAUCAGAAUAAAAGGAAGACAGACAGAAGAUCUUUGCUCCCAGGAGAAAUGAUUCAAGGUCAUUGUCCCAGACAGAGCCAAGCAACAAACAAGCAGCCCCAGCAAAAGUCUGGAAACCAAAACAUAAAACGAGGUCGGGCUUCUCUCUGUUUCCCAGUUUCUCUUGGUACUGAACAAAUAAAACUGUUUUAAUUCACAAAACAUUAAAUGAAAGAUUCGACAAGAAACUUGACCCUCUGCAUUUUUCCAGGUCUGAAGAGUAAACUAUUGCAGAGGACAAGGAUACCCAAGCUCAGCUAACCAGUCAGUUUAGCUCAGUGACCACUAUGGAAAGACUGGAUCGUCCCACACAUCCUUACCCACCUGGUUGUCUAUCUCAAACCAAACACAUCAGCAGCACAGAGACACUAUUUAGACCAGGAAGCAAAAGAGAUUUAGGGUUCAGCUGUUUCUCUAGUAGCUCCAGUGCUCUUGUUCACGACACCAGUACAUUUAGUAGGAAAGGUACCAGCACUGAAAACAUCUUCUUUAAGGGAAUUCAAGGUGAAGGGCCUCAACAUGCAGAACGACCUAGGAAUUUCCAACCAGCUCUGUGUAAUAGAGGCUGGGAGGGGUCUUCUGCUGGGCCACGGCCAGCCUCUUGUGUCUCUCUUCCUGGAGGUCCCAGUGUUGGACCCAUGUGGCAGGUACUUCAGAAAAGGUCACCUCCUUUCCCAGCACCUUCUCUGCAUAAUGACAGUUCUGCUGAAAGAAAAGGAUUCCCUUAUUCUGAAGGCCCUGGUGGUCAAACAUAUAGCAAAAGACUUGUCCAUAAUGGCCUCAGGUCUCACUAUGUGAAAUCCUCAAUGGUCAGAAGAAGUUUUAACCAUCUUCCCACUAAGGAUGUACUCCAUCCCAACAUGGCAGCUGAACACAACCAAAGCAUGCUGCACAAUGACAAAUUAUUUUCUUUGUCCAGUUGUGACAUUAGACAGUCUCAUUACAGCCAUGUUCUUGGCCACCAGAGGCAAUUCAGUGACGAAAGCCCCUUCUACUUGCAGACUAGAGCAGCUCCUUUCACAAAGACUCAGACUGUAGGAAGUUAUUACCACAGCCUUCAGGAUCUGCCCUCAAAUACCUCCAAACCCAUAAAGCACUCCAUAGCGUCUAAGGCAAGCUCUGCUACAAACCAAAUCCUGGAGAGUGGGGGCCACAGCAGAUAUAACAUCAUGGCAAGCAAGCACUCACUUCAGGCUACAGAGAUUCAAUUUAGGCAAAAACCCCACUGGAUAAACAGUAAUCAACCAGGCAUACCAAGAUUCUUAAAGACAUAUGUUAAGGCAAAGUAUUCAAUACCCCAAUCACAGGUACCUUACAGUGAAAACAAGGAUUGUAGUGGCCACCACGAUGUUGAGCUUUCAGUUCGAAGAGAGGAUACCAUAAAAAGAAAUGAGGGACCCUCUAAUGACACAAGAAAACACUUCUCAACACAUCAAAGUAAUGAUCUCAAAGUUAGUCUUUCAAAACCUAAAGACCCAUGGGUGCCUCAAGAAGACCCCCGGAUAUCCCCUCUGAGAACUCCACUUCUCCACUCCCUGGCCCAGGAGAGUAGGAAUCUAACGAGCAGGCAACCAACAGAUUCACCAAAUGAUACCAGCGAUUGCCACAAUCAAUGUGUCGCCACACUCUGCAAAGAGAUCCAGCAGAAGCCAACUAAUUUGCAAAAGAGUCACAGUGCUGCAGGCCUGACCUGUGAUGCAGAGAACAGGGAGGCAGAUGAGUGGAAAUACACAGACAGUUCUGCUGUCUCGUUUUCCAGUAGCUACAAAGACCACUUGAAAGAGGCUCAGGCCAGGGUCCUCCAGGCCACCUCCUUCCAAAGACGAGACCUAGAGCCUCUUGGACCAGAGGUUUCAGUAGCUAAAACUACCAGAGCGCGUAAGCACUUCUCCCAUGCAAAGAGGACUCAUUCUUUCUCAGAGCCAGACAAAAUAGACAAGGUGGGAAAAGAGGGAGGAGCUCAAUUAGGGUCUUUUGAGGAGCGGAGGAGGUUGUUUGAAAUCAAACCAGCUUUUUCCAGACCAGUAUUAAAGCAAUGUCAGGGUGAAAUAUCACAGACAGACCUGGCUGAGAAAAGCAAACACCAAGAGAAAAAGCUAGAGACUCUUCCAUCCACAGACCCCGCCCUCUGCCUGGGAAUUGAACGGGUCCUACUAGAGCAGCAGAGGCUCGGGACCUUUACGGAGUAUCAAGCCACAUGGAACAAAACCAAGUCAUUAGAAGCCAAGACACAAGGGAGGUAUCACUCUGCUGAGAACAUUUUGGAAACAGAUGUAGAGGUGGAAGCCUCCUGCAUACAUGAGAGGUCCAGAUCUUCUCCUUCUGCAGACUUUUCUACACAGAAUAUUCCUUCAUCAUGGAACAAUCCCCAAGCUCAACAAAGCAGCAGCACCAUAGGAGUGAGGAUGGAGAGAAGGCAGGAAACUCAGGCAGCUCCCUCUGUCACUCAGAAGAAAGACAUUGUUCUCCCUGACCACAACACCAACAUCAGAACUGCCGAUGCCUCCAAUACUACCCUCUCCUCAGGCCCACUCAGCCUCAGUUCUAGCACUGACUGCCAACAUCAAACCCAGACACCAGAGCCCAUGGAUGUCCUGCACCGCAGGCCACUAUUGCGCCCACAAACCACAUUUUCCUCACAAAAAUUCCUUGGUGGCAUACAGGCAGAGCCAAAUCAGCUCCACCCUGUAUUCAGCUCUGAUGUCCAGUCCCAUGUGGCUACACCAGGCCUCAAACCAGCAAGCUCCCAGCACCUCAGUGAGACAUUCAGUAAACAAGGAGAGGACACCCAGCAGGGAAAGACCACUCUGUAUGUUCCCUCAGACACAGCUCAGCCUCCUUCAUCUCAGCUUUCACUGCAGAGGCUGACUGACGAACAACCAGCCACGUCCAUGAAGGAUGAUUCACUGCUCCGGUCUGCAAAUGACUGGGUGAAGACCGAGAUAAUGGAAAAUGGGAAAAAUUUAAUAAUGAACGUCUCCAUAAGGAUUGUCAAUUGUGAGGCUGAUCCACAUCAGGAGGGACGGGUCUUCAUGACUGCAACUACUGAGGCCUAUGGUGUCUUUGAGCCACCUCAUUACCUCACCUCCCAGGCGGCUUCUGACAACCCAUCCUCCUCCUCCUUCAGUGUGUACAAAUGCCAGGACUUGGGUCAGGAUCCUGAAGUCCAGAAGUCAGACCCAGAGUCCACAUCAGCAGGCGAGCACCACUUAAAAGACGACACAAAUGGAGAGGAGCUGAGAGACACGUCUCUAGUAAACAUCCUGGAUCAGAGCACCAGGCAGGCCACCAUGGACCUGAUGGAAGGACUCGACCCUACAGAGGAGCAAAUUACAGAAGAACCCCAACAGUGUAGAAGCACCUCAUCCGGACUCAGGCUGCCUACUUCCUUACCCAGUGGCACAGAAAGGAGGGGGGGAGAGGGCCUGUCUGCCUUAGCUGCAACCUUCGUGGUCCCUAGAUCCUCAUACUACAACACGUCUGCUCCCAAAGCCGAGCUCCUCAUUAAGAUGAAGGACAUGCAGGAACAAAUGGAGGACCAGGACUUGGAGGACGAGCUGGAUGUGAACCUGGCCAGUAAAAAGCAAGAGCUGAUCUCCAGCUUGGCGAGGAAGCUGGAGGUGCUGCGGGAGGCCCGGCAGAGCCUUAGGGACGACGUGGAGGACAACGAGGCCCUGGGUCGUGAGGUGGAGGCUGCUGUGCAGCGUCUCUGUCAGCCCACGCAGCUUGAAAAGUUCCGCAUGUUUGUGGGCGACCUGGAUAAGGUAGUGAGUCUGCUGCUGUCGCUGUCAGGCCGACUCGCCCGCGUGGAGAACGCACUGAACAGCCUGGAGGACGAAGCCGAAUCAGAAGAGAAGCGAACCCUGACUGACAAGCGCAAGCUGCUGAUGAGGCAGCACGAAGACGCCAAGGAGUUGAAGGAGAACCUGGACCGCAGGGAGCGACUGGUGACCGGCUUCAUGCAGGCCCACCUGGACCCGGAGAGCCUGGAGGACUACCGGCACUACGUCAAGAUGAAGUCGGCGCUCAUCAUUGAGCAGCGCAAGUUGGAGGACAAGAUGAAGCUCGGCGAGGAGCAGCUCAAGUGCCUGGUGGACAGUCUGCCGCUGCUGCGCUGAUGAGACAGAACCUGCUGGAUAAUUUCACUAAACAGAGAUGUACAAGCGGCAACCAUGUGGCAUGUUGAGUCUUUGUAAUGUACUACAUGUUCAUGCCUGUAGUAUUGGUGCUACUGCUCAAGUCUAAGCAGUUCCCAUGUUGCCAAACAUCUGUAGAAACUAAAUUAGAAUUAAACCUGUUAUCUCGGACUUUUUCAUAAUUACUGGAGAAAAUUGUCAUUUCUAACGUGUCACUGUGUUCAAGUAGAUGUUCAUGCACAUUGUACAGAGAUUAGCGCCUGAACAAGAGUCUGGAAACACCAAACUGCUAAGACGCCUCUCAUGGGUGUUUUGAAUUAACAAGCGACCAGGAUAACUGGUGACCAGUUCCUGGUUACAGGCAGAGGCUAGAAACAGUUAAGCAGCACGUUGGCUGCCGAUUUGAACUUACACAAACGACAAAUGCAUGUAAACAGUCGUUUCACUUGUAGAAGAAGUGAUUUGAUGAAUUUUGAACGUUGCUCGUAUUGUAGUUACAGAAUGAGCUGAAAGAACACGAGGACUGAGUGAAUUGAUCUAAAACAAUAGGAGCAAUAUUGUGUGCAUCCAUUUGUUCAGAUCAUCUUGAGACGACAAGACCCAUAAGACACUGCCUGUAUUUUUUUGUUUUUUUCAAUUCACACUGUUUCCAGUCUCUUUAUUUUUGGGUUUUAUUUAUUUAUAAUAAUUCUUAGUAAUUAUAGUUUUUUUACUAAAAUUAUAAUUUAAAGAAGAGAGAGUUUGAUGUGUAAAAGUCCAGUUUUUAAAGUCUAAUGUUUAUGUAUGAGUAAAUGUCACUUGUUGUUAUUACACAUUUACAAUACUGACGCUGAAUAUUUGAUAAUCUCAUCCCCAAUUGUCCUCCCAUAUGCAUUAUUAGUUUAGAAGGUGAGGUUGUCUGGAAUUAAAAUCACGGCAACUUCUUUCUUUUGGGGUUGAAACAUUUUUGCUUGCUUAUGCUUAAUCCAACUGCCUUCAAUCAUCUUUUUACAGCCUGUGAUCAUAUAGCAAAACAAACCUUCUUUCUUAACUUUAUCUUCUGCAAAAAGGACAAAUGUGUAUCUAUUUAGAAAAUGAAUUUGAUUCCCAAACCAUUGGGAAUCAAAUUCAUUGGGCUGAUUUAACAUCAGCCAACCUAUUUAUUAAGCUGUGACUUUAGUUUUUAGAAAAUUUUCCGGACUUUGUAGAAAGUUGGAUAUUUGUAAAGGACAUAAAUCAAACACAAACAACUGCACAAAUAUGAAUGUAAAACGUAAAAACGUAUGAAACGUUUAUCAGACUGGGCUAGAGAUUAAAACGAGGCUGCUAAGUCCAUCACACUAGUUGUCCAGACGUAUAAUAAACACCUGGUAUUUAUUCCAUACAGGAAAUUAACUAUGCAGGGUACACAGUAAGCGAAUCAAUAUCAAGUUUUUUUUUCUUAUAGAAAUUAUUAAUAAACCAGUUUU